GCAUUUGUUCCCUCCAUGGCAUGGAUGAUUGUGACCUUCGGCGCCAUUCAUGGUCUUGGAUUUGGUCUUACCUUACUGACGUAUAGUAUAAUCCUAGCGAUGUAUUUUGACAAGUACAGAGGCUUAUCUUCGGGAAUGAAGUAUGCUGGAGGAUCAUUGGCUGGUCUUGUUUUUCCCAAGUUCCUCCCCUACUUACAAGAGGAAUACGGUUUCCGUGGUGCGCUUCUCAUCUACGGAGGUGUCACUAUGCACCUUUCGGCAAUCGGUCUUUUUGUGAGGGAACCACCGUGGAUUUCUUUGAAGAAAAACAAGGACGGUUCGCGGAAUGCAACUGAGGAAUCUUCGUUGAAUAUACAAAAUAAUUCGUCUGCUUCUCAACAACUCCAAAAUGCUUCAGCGACCCUUGCCGCAAAUCAAGUCAAGAAACAUCGUCAGGAACUGAGGUUGUUACUCAAACCCAUGCUCUUCGUCGUUGUUACACUGGCCGUGGUGACAGACUUUACAGGAGCUGCGUUUGUCACCACUCUGGUUGACUACGCACUAGAUAAAGGUUUGUUGAUUGAAGAUGCAGAAUCCCUCAUCAUCUACGGGUCUUGCAGCCAACUCAUUGGGCGGCUGCUCCUUCCCCUUAUGGCGGACGCGAGAUGCUUUCGACGUAGUACCUUAGUUAUGGCGAGCUUUUUUAUUUGGGGAUGUUCAGUGAUUGCGAUGCCCUAUGCUACGCUUCGUGUGCACAUAAUUCUUCUUUCCUUAUGCGUGUACCUCGUUUACGGAUGUCUGCAAUCUAUGAGGAGCGUCCUCAUGGCAGACUACAUCGGUGUUCAAUGGAUCUCAACGUGCUACGGGAUCUCAGGGUUGGUCUUACUGCCUCUCGCUUUCUGCAGUCCAUCAAUAACAGGUUUCUUUCGAGAUAUCCAUGGAACUUACGACGGGCUGUACAUGUUUCACGGAGGAAUACAGCUGGCAGCUUCGGCCCUCUUCCUCGCUGUUGUCUAUAUUGAAAGAAGGAACACGAAUAUAUGGACGCUAAGCUGGAGCACCUAG